UAGGAGCCUUGGUAAUGGCUUGGAAGCAAUCAUGUUUUGGUUGCGCUCUCGAGAAGAGCCAGGCUAGUCUCCUAGUGAGGUAGAUGUCAUGAUAGUUACCAGUACAGCCUGAAUAGAAAAUCAAUACACAGUCAUCAUGUGACUGUAUGGAAAGCUGUUACUGUUUGUCAAUACGCCAACUACUCAGACAGCUGUUUUACCAUAUCGAAGCGAGGUAUCAGUUCCUGCAACGACGUCAUCAUUCAUGACUGUUGGAAAUGUCUCAACAACAACGUGUCUUCUUAAUCCGCUCCAAUCUUGCAAUCCAAGACCCCGACGUCCCCAGCCCCCGCUGGCACACUACCCUCUUCGUGGAAACCGAGAAAGACGGCGCGGGCUACAUUCACGAAGCCAACGGCGACAUCACAUCUCCUCAGAGCAUGAAAUACUCCCCUAGCUUUCAAAACGCACCAGAGACGUCUGAAGGUUUCUUCUCGAAGGAGUUCCUGGCUUUCACGGCGUCCCUCCACCUCGAGCCAUGGAGAGCCUUUUUGGACAGCGUCCCUGCCCCUCAUCAGCAGAAGGCGUUUAAUUUAGCGCCGAUGAGGACGGAGCCGUUUAAGACUCUUGUGCCACUCGCUUUUUAUGCGCCGGGGGAGGAGAGAAAGUCUCUAAUUAAGUGUACGGAGUGGACCGGGACCACAGCCCACGUCGAGGAUGUGAGCAGCCGGUAAGCAGUGGAGUGAAGUAGCCGCACGAGUCAGAAGUUGAACGGAUCUGAUGGGCCGCCAUCAUUUCAGAUGUGUGUCCCUGUGUAUAAUCAGGCAUUUUGAACUGAUGUACUGGUUUUAACGGAUAUGAACGAGUGCUUUGUGGUUGUUGUAGUUGUUGCGAGAUGAUCAUAAAUACGAAGGACAAGAUGGAUUAAAUAGAGUGUCGGCUAUGCGGGGCGUCUUCGUAUCGGCAUCGGAGUGCUCGAACUAUCACUGUGGUUAGCAACAACAUUCAUCGGAUGCAUAAUCGCGAUCUCUCGUAACUAUAGCUUCCUCGGAUCCAUGAGGCAUCCGUGAUGGUGGCAGAUGCGGCAUAGAGUAUCUGCUAAAGCGAACGGCUAGAUUAGCGUUUCUCGGCGUGGUACCUCUUAGUCCAAGUGUUCAUUGAGGAUUCUCAGAUGAAGCUUCCAGUAGUUAUCUCCAGUAGCA